GAGGCUAAAUAACUUCUCAUCCUGAUACUGUCCAGGGAAAAUGAAGUGAAACGGUUGUCAGCGCUCCAGGCUAUAAACUCUUGUAGUGGAAGCAGCCUAUGGAGUUGUGGAUAUUGUAUCCCUAAUAUGCAGUUGACUUGCCAGCAUCCCCACCCUGUGAAGGGGGGACAAAGCUGUCCCUGAUGUCUCAGCAAGGCAGUUGAGAGAGCAAAAGUCCUGGACAAGAGGAGACAUGGGGGAAUGGGGCUUUUUGAGCUCGCUAUUAGAUGCUGUCCAGGAGCACUCUCCCAUGGUGGGACGGUUCUGGCUGGUUGUGAUGCUCAUCUUUCGCAUUCUCAUCCUGGCCACCGUGGGUAGUGACAUGUUUGAAGAUGAACAGGAGGAAUUUGUAUGUAACACUAUGCAACCAGGCUGUCGUCAAGUUUGCUAUGACCAGGCCUUUCCUAUAUCCCACUACCGCUUUUGGGUCUUCCAUAUUGUGCUGCUCUCUGCCCCAGCAGUGCUGUUUGUAAUUUAUUCCAUGCACCAGAAUGCCAAGAUGGGAAGAGAUGCAGAUGAAGAGGAAGCAGCACGACCUGGGCAGCCAAGCAGCAUCAGAACCAAGUUAAGGGCUGACCAGCGUGGACGUCACAUACGCACAUUCUACAUUGUCAAUGUGGUGAUGAGGAUAAUGGCGGAGGUCGGGUUUCUAGUGGGACAGUGGUUACUCUAUGGGUUCAAAGUAGCUCCAGACUACAUCUGUGAACGCAAACCCUGCCCACACAAAGUGGACUGCUUUGUGUCCAGGCCAACAGAAAAGACAAUUUUUCUGCAGUUUUACUUUGUAGUUGGGAUCAUCUCUGCCAUUCUUAGCGUUUCUGAACUGCUACACAUUUUGGUAAAAGGAAAGUGCCGGUCUAGGGAAGGACUGGGGUCUAGUCCACCUCCAGCCUACGAGAGGGAUAAUUGGUCCAACAGAGAACAUGAAAGGACCAAUAACUUUCUUCUCCGAAGACAAAGUACUGAUGAUCGAAGAGCUAGUGGGGCUGGUGGUCAUCGGCUUUCUAUUGCAUAUCCCCCGGGCACAGCGUAUAAACUGAAAGUAGGCCCUAGCUCGGCUAUCAGCAGCAAAUCAUCCAGACUGAUCAAAGGUGACUUAACCGUAUAAAGGGAUGCUGGACUGAACUAUGUAGAGUGGGAUUUGCAUUGACUGACAUGCUUGUUUUACAAAGACAGAUGCUAUGCCAGAUGACAGAAGGGCAUCCAUUCUCUUGGGUAUUUUCUGCAAUCAGUGGUCUUAGAACUCCACUCUAAAAAAAGUGCUGCAAAAUGUGGUCUAACCACUUCAGCCUUCAAAGAAGGGGCUGUCUCUAUAGACAAUAAAAUAGACAAUAUAUAGACAAUAAAAAUGUCAUGUGAAGUGGAGAGAGCUACCACAUGCCUUUCCCUCAAAUGGUUGUUCUAGUUAUUAGAGUAUUUAUUUCCAUAGAAGUCAGUUUCCACAACCACCAUACAGCAUAUUCCGGUAGUACAGUUAUGUUCUGUAUCAAACAUAUUGCGGGAUGCUAUUUUUAUGUACAAACUUAUAACUAGAUUCAAUGUCCAAGAUCAGAUCAUGCCAAGUAAGGAGGUCACAGGAGUGAUAAUUGUCUCACAGAUAGAGGAAAUAAUGCUUAUGGAAAAUUGGAGGAAAAUUGAGUGGCUUGCUAAAUUUUGCACACUUAGCUAGGCGAGACUUGUCAACAAAACAUAAGGUCAUUGAACAUUGCUAGAACAGGAUGCGUGUAGAGUCUGUUUUAUAAUAAAUAAAGCUCCUAUUAUUAAA